UCUAUGAUGGAUUCCCCAACUAGUUCUUCAGACGAGUACAAGGAGUGUGUUUGCUGCUCAUGUGAGAUUUACGGAGGAGAAAAACAGAUUCUAUGUCCCACAGGGCAUUCAUUCUGUUAUGAUUGAUCGGAAGGAUUGAUCCAGAGUGGACUAUCUGAUCCAAUCAAGUGUCUCCCAUACGCAUGCUUUAAAUGAUCUAAGAAGAUGGAUGUAUCUCAGAUUACUAAAUUGAUGAAUAAAUCUCAGGCUGAAAUAUUCAAGAAAUAUCAAGCUCUUGAGACUUUGGACAAAAAGAAGUCCAAGCUGAUGGAGUGCCCUUUUUGUAAUUACUUUGAAAUUUGAGAAUUAAGCAAAGUCUCAAAUAUCUUUCAAUGCAAACAAUCUGGUUGCAAAUAAAGAAAGUUGCACCAUCUGAUACCAGGAAUGCGAAGUAAGUCCUCUACACUAGCCCUACAAAGCUUUAGCUUUUAGGUUUUUAAAAUAUCUCUAGUCUAAAAUGUUCUGUGUGGAUUAUUCAGCAGCCAAAACUAAAUUAAAUCGUUAGAAGGUUUAAAAUAGUUCAAAUAUGCUAAUAGUGGCUCAAGUCCCUUCAGGUUUACUCUUCUUAGUCAACAGUGAGCUUUAAACCUUCCAAUUUCUCUGAUAUUCAUCACUGUUAGAUACCCAAUGAAUUUUUAUUGAUACAAUAAUUUUGCAAUAAAAUAGAUCUU